AUGCGGGAGCGGGACCAGAUCGUAUCCGCUGCGCAGCAGCUCCAGGCCGAGCUGCAGGCCGCGGCCGCAGCCGCCGCCGAGGGGCGCGCGGCGGCGGCCGCGGCGGACGGCGCGAAGCGGGAGGCCGAGGCGCUCCGGCAGGAGGCCGGCACCCUGGUAGAGGCGCGCCGCGCGGCCGAGCAGGAGUUGGCCGAGGAGCGCGCCGCCCGCGCCGCCGCGGAGGAGGCGCGCGCGCGCGCCGAGGGCGAGCGGUCGCGGCUGCAGCGCGCGCGGGACGACCUGGCGGCGGCGCUGCGGGUCGCGGAGCAGCGGGCGGAGGAGGCG